AUGGAGAAUAGCACCGAAGUAAAGGAGUUUAGACUCUUGGGACUGAGUGACACCCCAGAGCUGCAAGUCCCCCUCUUCAUAACAUUCACUCUCAUCUAUCUCAUCACUCUCGUGGGAAAUCUUGGGAUGAUCACGUUAAUUCUGCUGGACCCUUGUCUCCACACGCCCAUGUAUUUCUUCCUCAGUAACCUCUCCCUGGUGGACUGUGUUUACUCCUCAGCUGUUACUCCCAAGGUGAUGGCUGGGUUCCUCACGGGGAAUAAAGUCAUCUCCUAUGGGGGCUGUGUUGCUCAGAUGUUCUUCGUUGUGGCUUUUGCCAGUACAGACUGUUUCCUACUAACUGUCAUGGCUUAUGAUCGUCAUGCGGCAGUGUGUAAACCCUUACAUUACACCACCAUUGUGACCGCCAGCGUGUGUGCUCGAAUGGCCAUAGGAUGCUACAUCUGGAGUUUUGUCAUAUCUGCCGUCCACACUGGAUUUACCUUCUGCCUCUCUUUCUGCCAUUCCAAUGUAGUCCAUCACUUUUUCUGUGAUAUCCUCCCAAUCCUGGCUCUCUCCUGUUCUGAUAUCUACAUAAAUGAAAUUGUGCUUUUUGCCUUAGGAACUUUCAAUGUCCUGUUUGCACUUACAGUUAUCUUGACCUCCUACCUGUUCAUAUUCAUUGCCAUCCUGAGGAUGCGCUCAGCAGAGGGGCGGAAGAAAGCCUUCUCUACUUGUGCUUCUCACCUCACUGCCAUAACCAUGUUCUAUGGAACACUAAUCUUCAUGUACCUACAACCCAGUUCUAGUCAUUCUAUGGACAAUGACCAAAUGGCAUCUGUAUUCUACACAAUAAUAGUCCCCAUGUUGAACCCUAUUGUCUAUAGUCUAAGAAACAGAGAGGUUAAUAAUGCUUUCAGAAAAGCCGCUAACAAAAUGAAGGUGCUGCUCAGCACAUAG